AUGACCUCUGGAAACUAUACGGACCGUGUCUACAACGCUGAUGAUGAUAGUAUUAAGAACAUGUACUUAUAUCCGCCCUCAGGCUUGGUGAUUGAUCUCAAGGAGCAAGCGCGCAAUGUGGAUGCGGGGCGUCCACUAGUCUCACUAGUUUGCGAUCGUGACGAGUACCCCGACGGGGGCACCCCGAUCGUGUUACCGAUCAUUCCCAUGAACGUGGCGCGUAAUAUGGUAGAAUAA